CUGCAGAGGAUGUCAUCCAUAAAGUUGACUUGCCGUGGCCUAAGUGUUAUCUUUACUCAAGGAAUAACACAAUUUCUGGCCAGAGUUGACAAGAUGUCUAAAACCAGCGGUCCGCAGACUCACCAAGGCGUACCGUAUGCUACCUUGCCUCACCUAGUGAACGCACACGGGCAGUACCUCUUCCGUAAGGACUGGGAGCCAAACCUAAAACCUGGACAGGGUCCAAGGGCUCUCGUAUUUCUGUCACACGGCUACAAGCAGAACUGUCUACAAUAUGACGAGUUUGCUAAACAAAUGACGUCAUAUGGACUCAAGGUGUUCGCUCACGAUCACGUUGGUCACGGACAGAGCCAGGGCUAUUGCGCUGACGUCACGUCUUUUGACGUCUUUGUUGAAGACGUCAUCCAACAUGUCUGCCAAGUUCGCCAGCAACAUCCGGGCAUUCCGGUCUUCGCUGUUGCGCAUUCCAUGGGGGCGCUCAUCACCAUCCUGGCGGCCCUCAAACGUCCCGGUCUGUUCGCUGGGGUCGUCUGUACCGGUGCUGCUCUCAGAAUCAACGGGAUUCCAACUGGCUGGAAACUCUUGUGUUUGAAGGUUCUGGCGUACUUCUUUCCAUUGGGUAUUGUACCAGGCACGGGAGAAGCCGGCGGGACUCCGACGACCAGAUACACUGAAGAGAUGGACCCGGAUUUAAAAGACCCGUUGAAUCACCAUCACCCCGGAUGGCGUUACCGCAUCACUGCUGAGGGUUGCGGGGCGAUAGAGCGUGUUUGGGCCGGGGCGGCCUCCUUCACCUCCCCCGUGCUACUGUUACACGGCGGGGACGACCCCCUGGCCCCUCCCGCUGCAUCUACGGAAUUCUACCAAAACAUCGGCAGCGAGGACAAACAGAUCAAGGUUUACCCCGGUCUGUACCAUGAAAUAAUAUUCGAGUUACCGGAGGACGCUGCUGUGGUCCGCAAAGACAUCAUCGACUGGAUCGUGCACAGGCUGCCAUCCCUAUAGGUUCCGAUAGGAGGCGCUAAUGUCUUGAAUAGCUUGUGAAAUCUCUCGUCUGCCGGAUGUUAUAACUUGAUGUGAGUGGACUCAUGGCAGUGAAUGAACCGUGUUUUAUUCUAAGAAUGUCGUCAAAAGUCACGUGAAAAAAUUGCUGCACGACGAUACAGAUUGUGGUAUUUAAACAUUAUCAAAUUCACUAGCUAGAAGCAGUGUUUUCUUCUGUCCGAGUCAAACAUAUUGUACACAUAAGGUACACAUAGGGUUAACUGUCUUUCACAUGUCACUGUACAAUAUAUCAUUGUAUUAAACACAUCGUAGCCUAUAGUCUGAAUUUUGCAGAAUAUGCAUAUACAAUGCAGAGUGUUACUGUAAUAUAGCUAAGGUUAAAACAUUGGUUUUAAUAUAGAUUAUAUUGUAUUAUGGCGUAUUAGAUUGUAAUGUAAAAUCAUCAAAAAGAAUAAUACACUUCUUUUAGUUUUAGUAUUAUUGUUAAGUGUUUCAUGACGUUUUAAGGGGGACUUCGACGAUUCUGGAAAUAAUUGUACAUCAUCUAUGUAGUGAAAGUUUCGUGUCCAUCACAUGAGAUAUUCACAUGGAGUAAGAAAUGCGCUCGCGUCAUGGUGACUUUCACUUUACAUUACUUCCUCACUAUUUCCGUUAUAACUAAUUUCACGAUCACAUGCCAUAGUAAAGGCUACGUGUUCAGAGAAGCCUCAAUCAGGCCUUCUUACGGGGCUGCGUAUUAUAGAAUUCGGCAAAAGGG